CAGCGAAAAUCAUUUAUACCGUCUGCGUAUGCGAAUAUCACCAUAGCAACAGCUUGUUUUCCUGACCUUGUAAUCCCAAGCUAUUGUUCAUAGAUACAAAAGCCAUUUCAGCAAGCAUGGCUUACACAUAAACACUUUGCCUAAAUUAAUAACCUUUGGGUUUUAUUUUAACCAAUAUUCAAGCUAGAAGUUGUAAUGAGUGAUAUUGAUACUAUUCCAGACGAUGUUCAUAGUUUAAUCUCGUUGUCAAGUUCUACAAUUGGAAGCAAUCGUCUCGAUGAUGUUGAAAGUACUGAUUCACAAGACUAUGCUGAUGUUGCCGGUUCGAGAGAGCGCUUUAAACAACUUAUAGACUCACAGGGAAAGGCUUCAACACAAUCCAGAAUCAAUUCGUAUCUUUUCGAUUCAGAGACUAAAAAUGCAACUGAUAAUCUKUCUGAAGAGAACAAAGAGGAAAAACAGAAUUUGGAUUUAGGGACUGAGGAUGAUAAGACGGAUGAAAAUCCGUUUUUAAAAUCUAUCAAAUAUCUUGAGCAGGAAGGUAUAUUAAGGUUAUUUCAGAAUCUUGCAGCAGACAUCGUCUUCAAUCGUCCUGAUCAACCACUGCAAUACAUCGUAGAAAAACUGAAAAAGGAGAAAGACGAUUUCAGAGAUGAGAACGAUAACUCGAGCAGCCAAAUACAGUGAUGGAUAUUACCAUGAAAUAAAAAAUAAAUUAUUUAAGCGUGACAUAUAGAAAUAUACAGUCAAGUUGUAAAGACAAUGUAAAGACAUAAAGCCAACAAAGUCAUUUGCAUUUAACGCACUUUAAAUAAUUUCUUUGCAAAAUAWUGAACGUCAUAGGCUUCAAAACUUUUUUGCAAUGUCCAUARCAUUUAAUUCGCUAUUUAUCUAAAGUUUGURAUUACAAUUGUAAUCCUAAGAAUAUAAAUUUUCUAUGAAAAUGGCUUUGUUUGUCUUUAUGUCUUCACAAGUGACCAGUAUUCGUUUCUGYCAAAGGUUACUUAUGGCAGAUGCCACGAAAGAAAAUACUGAAUUUGUAUAUAUAGAAUUUGUAAUACAACAAUUUAAUAAAUUUUGGGUUAAAUGUGUUUUUCAACUAAU